GACGGAUUGAGCAAUACAUUUGGCGAAGCAACGAAGCCAAUCAAAUCUUCUUUAAACCCCCCCCCCAGCGUGGUUUAAUCAGCGGCAACUCGCUUAUAACCCCUAGUUGUGGUAGCAUCGACUUGAGUUGAUUGAGUUGAUUGAGUUGAGAUGAUUGCCUGAACGUGCCAUGCCUUAGGUACCGACUUGUAACAGCAAGGCGGCGAGAACGACUCGAGGCUCAAAUAUCGUGCCUUUUGGAUACAUAAGUCCAUAGGCGGAAACCUGAUACCUAGAGCAAGGCAAGUUGCAAUCUAUCCCGUUCCCCAAUCCAUGCAAUAGGCUCCUCUCUGAGGCAAUAACCGACAGAGUUGCGGACGAGCGACCCGCUAGCAGAUACACUCAGUACCCCUUCCUGUCUUGAACAUAUGCGUGUCCCUUUUCCGGCUUUGCCUCUCACCUUGGGAACAUUGCUCAUGAAUACUUCCCAGAAUCAAGCCACCACCGCCGGCCAAGAGGCAACUCAAGAUGAGAGAAAGGUGCUGUUUGUAUUCCUACCCUGGAUUACGAACGACUUCAACAAUUCUGAAUUGGCCAUCGCCACAGGAGAUACACGCCAACUCAAGGUCCCCGCUCGCAGGAACCUGGCACGCAGAGGCAGCUUGUGGAAAGGUUGCUUGUGAUGCCCACUGUGCUGGCUUUUAUAAGAACAUUCGGCCCAUGGCAGAUCUUGUCUCCUCUUCACCGUUUGGGGUAGUGCUCCCUGGAAUUUCACAUUGCAUCUUUGAACUUACCAAACAGG